AUGCCUCAUAAUCAAUCAUCAGUUUUAGAUUCAGAGGCUAGUGCCUCUGAUGUCACCGACAUCAUUUCUAUUCCCAAACCUGGCCCUGACCCAGUGCCAGAGCUAGAAGUUCCUGCUGCAUCCUGCCCGCCUCUUACCAUUUCACCGCCCACCUCCUCCAAUUUGAAAGAGGUGAGCCCACCAGUUAACCCCGGACUUGUUUCCGAGGGUGAUUCAACAGAGAAAUCAUUGGCAGAGAGGACUCUUCACCUGUGCCAGAGCACACUGCCAGCCUUGGUGACCCCACAGAUUCACAACCUGUGGGGCCAUCUCGGCCUUACCAUCCAGUGCCGCGGAAGAAGGGCUGGAACAAGUUCUGCCGAGACUGUGGCCACAAGGGUCACAUGGCAAGACAUGAAGUCUCCCUCACAGUUCAAAAAGCCUAGGGGUCCUAACCCCACGACAAACCACUCCCAAGCAAGGAGACAUCCAAGACCUACUUCCUCCCGGAAGUACGGCCGCCAACAGUCUCCCCCGCUACCACAGAGGGAGAUUGAUCACUCACAGUUCCACUGCAAAACCUGCAACGGCCCGCUGAGAGGUAUUGCACCUCCGGUACCCGUCACAGGUCCAGUCGACCUCAACUCUCUGCCAGUGCCACUUGGCAGCACUGAGCAGUGCCAAGCUCUGUCCAGCCUGGACAUAGAGCCACCGCAAACUUUGACCUCUGCGCCUGGCCCCGAACUAGCGCCGGCGCCUAACCUUAUCAAGGAUCCUCCUACAGGAGAUCCUCCAACAGGCAUGGAGCUUACCGCAGCCCAUGGCCAAUCUCCAGUCCAUCAUGCUUCUUCAACCUCACCUCUGUCGCCCGAGGAUGCACCUCCGGGAGACCUCACCUUUACGACCAGGAAAUAUCCAACCAGGAGUCAGCCUGGAGUCUUACCCUUAUGA